AUGUCAGUCGUAAAAGCGAGAGAAAUCGAAAGCGAGGAAGAAAUUCAGCGAAUCUACAAUUGGAUGGACGAUAUCCAGCUGAGCAGGCCAAGAAAGAAUAUUUCCCGGGAUUUCGCAGAUGGUCUACUCUGUGCGGAAGUGCUUUGCCAGUAAGAACUUGUUCAAAUUUUGAAUUUGAAAUUUGCCAGUAAUAUCAAAUUCCAUCGGUCUUCGCAUGGGCAUGAUUUGAUGCUACCUUUCCUUCUCAUCAGUAUCUCGGUUAUUCUGAUCAGUUACUCGCUUAUUUCAGUUUUUCGAGUAGAGGAAUUCUUCAGGUACUUCCCGCGCCUUGUGGAUCUGCACAAUUACAGCGCUGCAAACAGCUAUGCGCAAAAAAUGUACAACUGGAAUACCAUGAACAAGAAAGUGCUGAAAAAGCUAGGGUUCCAGUUGCAUCCUAGCGACAUCGAGGACGUCAUCAAAGCCGUACCAGGCGCUGUUGAAAAGGUACUCUUUACUUCUUCCAUAUACAAAUGAGGUGGCACCAGGUGUUUCUGCUAUAAUUGUAGUUGCCUUCAUUCUGAACUAGUUGUAGUAGAAGAUGUUGACUUCAAAUGCAAUCUCAUCUGAGAAUGCUUCAGUUCACUUCUUCAAUGAAUUGAAAUCCUGACUUCCAGUCCAGGUCUUGGUGCUAAUGCAGCAUUACAUGGCGAGGUAUAAGCGGCAGCAGGAGCAAGGCGAGAGUGUUGCGGGCACACCUGCAGCGAGUGCGAGAGGGAGUGCCAGCGCCUCCUCUGCUCCGCGUGGCGGCUCACAGCAGGGUGGGGCCACUGCUGCCGCCUCCUCGCGUGUGUCAGCAAAUGGACAGCAAUUAAGGACCCUUACCAUAAUUCAUCUUGAGAAGCAUCUUUGACGGCGGGUAGUCAAGGAGAAAAUGGCCAAAUAAGAUGCACUUCGAGGUGAUGAAUAUCGGUUAGGUCUAAAGCAACAGAGCGCCAGUAUGAGCGGCAAUGUCGUCGGCGGAUCCAGCUCUGGUGGAGGCGCUGCCAGUGCUUCUACAGGAUCUAACGGAACACGAGUAUCAGCAGGAGGCGGACAGCAGAACAUGGUUAGCAGAGAAAUUCUUCAACGCGAACAAGAAGAGAGUAGUCUCACGAUACAGGAAUUGCGGGAGACCAUACUCCUCAUGAGCGAGAAAAUAAAGAAGUUGGAACAACUUGUGCGAAUAAAAGAUGCGAAAAUAGACGGACUGCAGACGAAGCUCGCCAGCAUAGGUGGAGGUGGGGGAGGAGUUGUUGCGCAACGACUAUAGGACUAGUUGUGGGCGAGUUCCUUGCCUACAGGAGGAGCUCGACGUUCUUGACGACCGCAUGUUAUUCAGUCAACACAUUUGAUUUCCAUCCUUAAUCAGGAGCACAAACAAGAAGAUGCCGAUGCAGCUUGAGAAAGUUACUAUCUUAUCCCGGAUUUCUCUUUCUUGUACAUCGAGAGACUUCGUUGAGAUCUAGUACUGCUACUGUACUACUUUCAUCUGCUUGUCUAUCGCUGCUGUUUCAACAACUAGAAGUAGGGGCCUCUACAUUAGAUUUCGGCGAUCAGCCAGACGGCAACAACAACAUCAAUCACCAAACAAUGUUUCGCUAUCGAAGCGAGACUAUUUCACCCAAGCCGCAACUAGCGAG